AUGGUUCCCCCACCACCUGUCAGCAAGCCCCAUGUGUGCCUCUCCACCAUGCUCAUCAUGAGCAGCCUCAUCCUUAUGGAUGCCUACCUGGUGGAGCAGAGCCAGGGCUCCAGGAAACUGGGCAUCUGCGUCAUGGUGGCAGUGGGUGAUGUGUGCUUUCUGCUGGUACUCCGCUACGUGGCUGUCUGGGUCGGGGCAGAGGUAAAGACAGCCAAGCGAGGCUAUGCCAUGAUCCUCUGGUUCCUCUAUGUCUUCGUUCUGGAGAUCAAAGUCUACUUUGUCUACCAGAACUAUAAAGCUGACCGGAAAAGCCUGGACCUCAUGGCCCGCAAAGCACUGACUUUGCUGCUCUCCAUCUGCAUCCCAGCCCUCUACGUGUUGUUGGUGGCCACAGAGCACAUGGAUUACGUCAGGACAUUCAAGAAGAAAGAGGAUCUCCGCAAUCGCCUCUUCUGGGUCAUUGUGGACAUGCUGGAUGUGCUGGACAUCCAGGCCAACCUGUGGGAGCCCCAAAAGAAGGGGCUGCCACUCUGGGCUGAGGGCAUCAUGUUCUUCUACUGCUACAUCUUGCUCCUGGUCCUCCCCUGUGUAUCCCUCUGCGAGAUCAGCAUGCAAGGGAUUGGCAUCGUGCCGCAUCGGAUGAUGCUGUACCCCAUGCUAAGCAUGCUCACUGUCAACAUCACCACCAUCUUCAUCCGAGGCAGCAACAUGGUCUUCUUCAGAGACGCUCGGGUCUCCAGCAUCUUCAUGGGCAAGAACAUGCUGGCUAUUGGACUGAAGAUCUGCAUGUUUGUGCAGUACCAGCGACACCGGCACCACGCGUCCCUGGGGCCAGGCCCAGCCCCGCAGCCUGGCUCCCAGGCCCAGCCUCCUUCCCCUGGGCUGCGCAAGUCUCGAGAGCAGCCUGCCUGUCCUGAGGAGCUGACCCAGGACGACACGUGACAGCCAGCAGGAGUCCCAGCCUGGCCAUUGCUAUGCUUGGCCAGCAAAUUGUGCAGCUCCCCAUGACGCGGGGUGGGUGGGCAAGGGAACACCCCUGUCCCUGUCCCCAGGGGGAGCAUGGGGGCAGGGAGGUGGCCUCCAUGAGGCUGCAGAGCAGUUUAGGACUUCCACACCCCGCCUGGCAAGAUGGGUACCGGAUGGCACGAGGUGGCCGGAUUCAUCCACAGUGUGCCGUAUCUCCCCAGGGCACGCUGGGGCCACGCAGCCAUCUGCUGUAGGGCCUGGACACCACCUCCAGCCCGGUCCUUGCUCCCAGCACGACGCUGCCCUCCAGCCAGCCGGGGUGCAGGCCGAGGAGGGCGCGCAAGGACGCCGGGGGUCCGCCUGCUCUGCCUGCGCUGCUUGCCCCGGCUGUGGGUUGGCUCACCCCUGCGCUGCAGCCCGCCCCUGCUGCAAGAGCCAUGGGCGCCAGGGCAGCAGGAGCAAGGCCUGAGCCCCAGCCCGGCCGUCCCUUCCAGGCUACCGCAGGCCCGGGGGGCUCAGGGAGGGUCACUGGCCUUUUUCAUAGUUCCUUCUUUGCAAUAAAAGAUGACCUGAG